CCCCCGCUCCCUUCCGCCUUCCUUUCCGGCCUGCGCCCGAGCGGGUGGUGCUCAGAUGGCUCCCGCAAAGAAAGGCAGCGAGAAGAAGAAGGGGCGAUCUGCCAUCAACGAGGUGGUGACCAGGGAGUACACCAUCAACAUCCACAAGCGGAUCCAUGGAGUGGGCUUCAAGAAGCGGGCCCCGCGUGCUCUCAAGGAGAUCCGUAAAUUUGCAAUGAAAGAAAUGGGUACUCCUGACGUUCGCAUUGACACCAGGCUGAACAAAGCAGUCUGGGCGAAAGGAAUAAGGAACGUUCCUUACCGUAUCCGUGUGCGUUUGUCCAGAAAGCGCAAUGAGGACGAAGAUUCCCCAAACAAGCUGUACACACUGGUUACCUACGUACCAGUCACAACGUUCAAAGGUCUACAGACAGUCAACGUGGAUGAAAAUUAAACCGAUUUUAAUGACAAUAAAAUUAUUAAGAAGAAAGUUUACUCUUAAAUCUUUUUUAUUGUCCGGUCUCUUCAAGAUCUCACCCGUGGAGCACUGAGUUGAACAGGUGACAGCCUGUUUUCUUGGGGCUUUGCAUAAUGGUGGUGGUGGUAUUUUUUUAGGAAGUUUUUUACGCAGAGGGUGGUGAUGCACUGGAACAGGUUGCCCAAGGAGGCUGUGGAUGCCCCAUCCCUGGAGGCAUUCAAGGCCAGGCUGGAUGUGGCUCUGGGCAGCCUGGUCUGGUGGUUGGCGACCCUGCACAUAGCAGGGGGGUUGAAACUCAAUGAUCAUUGUGGUCCUUUUCAACCCAGGCCGUUCUGUGAUUCUAAACAAUACAAGUCAAAAUAAACAAAAAUUUGUAGACUUCUGCUACAUGUGAAUGUAAUACAGAAGAUAGUGUUUGGCUGGCAAAGUCUUAGGGUUUUGUUCCUGUGGGAAUAAAGAGCCAUGGCACAGGUAUUGUAACA